AUGGCUACCCCUAUUUUCCUCGCUUUUGACGCUGAGGGUCGGGCCAUUGACUUUGACGUCUGGGUAGAUGACCUACAGCUUUUCCUACAGUGCGAUAGGGCAAACGGACUCUCCCUCAUUGACCUCACCUCUGGUGCCUCGCCUGCCCCUGCUGCUGAUGCUGACGCCACUGUUCGCUCACAGUGGGCCACACGCGAUGCUGCUGCACGUCUUGCUGUGCGUCGCCACCUGCCUACCUCUGAGCGUGCGCACUUUAGUCAGUACAAGAGUGCUCAGACCUUGUACGACGCUGUAGUUGCACGCUACUCUUCUCCUGCCACUGCUGCACUGAGCCUCCUCAUGCUACCGUACCUCUUCCCUGACCUUGCUGCCUUUCCCACAGUCACUCACCUCAUUACGCACCUCCGCACUAGUGACACUCGCUACCGCGCUGCACUUCCUGCUGAGGACCACUUCCUCUCAGUUUGCCCCACCACUCUCACCGUUGACCUCCUCGAGAAGGCCCUCCUAGCAACACAGAAGAGCAUAGUAGCUGUAGGAGCCUCUCGUGGUGACUCUCGCACACCCAUCUUUGAGGGGUGUUCCCCCUCUCCCCUUUUGCCCUCUGUUGCCUUUGCUGCUGCGGCCGACCUCAUUGGGCUUGAGUCGGUCGGUGCGGCGUCUACCCCUAGCGGGAGACGCCGCCCUGGCAAGGGCAAGGGGGGCAGGGGCGGUGGAGGAGCUAGCGGGGGCGGUGGAGGAGGUGGUGGAGGCGGUGGAGGGGGUGGGGGUGGCGGUGGGGGUGGUGGCGAGGGUGGAGGUGUCGGUGGCGGCAGUGGAGGCGGAGGCGGCGAUGGCGAUGGCGGUGGGAGCGGAGGUGGCGGAGGUGGCGGCGGUGGAGGAGGCGGUGGCGGUGGCGGUGGAGGUGGAGCUGGUCGGGGUGGCGCUGCGCAGAGGGUCCGCUCUGGUGGUGGUCAGCGCCAGCAGCAUCAGCAGCAGCAGCGCACUCGUGACAUCCCCCCCCCCCCUCAGCAGCUCCGUGAGUGGUACGCUGCACGCCAGCGGGGUGCGGGUACUGGUCCGUGCACCUACGUCCUACGCACCGGCGACCGCGCAGCUGUCUUUGACCUUGACUUUGAUGCUAUUCUUGCUGCCAUGUAUGCUGUGACUAUUCAUGAUGAGGGUGACUGUUACCGGUGUUUUCCGCCUGACCCGGGCAUUGAGACUGCUACUCUAGGUACUGGUGAGGCUGCUGCUCUAGGUGCUAGCGAGGCUGCUGCUCUAGGUGCUCGUGCGUCUACUCCCUCAGGAGCUGGUGAGUCUGCUCUCUCAGAUACUGCGUCGGCUUCGGCCUCCCACACCUUCAGCCUUGAAUCGGGGGCUUCUCGCUCCUUCUUUCGAGACCGCACCACACUCACGCCGCUUGGCUGGCCAGUUGCAGUCUCUCUGGCAGACCCCUCUGGGGGUCCUAUCCUUGCUCACUACUCCACUGUCCUCCCGUGUCCGACGGCCCCCUCUGGCACCCUGUCUGGUCUUUACCUCCCCUCGUUCUCUACGAACUUGGUGAGUGGUGCUGACCUACAGGAUGCGGGGGUUCACCAGUUCACUCCUGCGAGUCAGCGGGUGACCCACUGCACGGACGCUCAGACAGGCCGACACCUGGCCACGUUUACACGUCGGUCGGGGUCGAGCGUGUACACACUGACCACCGCGUCUCCUCCAGUCAUUGCGUCUGGUCAGGUAGCAGCGUCGGGUCAGGUGUUUGCUGCAGCGUCCAGGUCUGGUCCUGAGUCUGCCCCCUGCUCGUGUCGCCUCUUGUCUCACGAGACUCUCCUCUGGCACCACCGCCUUGGUCACCCCUCCCUGCUUCGUCUCCGAGGCAUGGCCUCCCGUGUCCUUGUCUCUGGUCUUCCCCGGUCCCUCCCUCCCCUUCCUCUUGGGCCCGGCCCUACCUGGGUCCCCUGUGUCGAGGGGCGGCAGCGGGCUGCCCCUCACUCCUCCCAGUUUCUUCCAACAGAGGCCCCGCUGCAGACGCUUCACAUGGACGUGUGGGGCCCGGCCCGCGUCCGUGGACAGGGUCACGAGCGCUACUUCCUGCUGGUGGUUGACGACUACUCGCGUUACACCACAGUCUUCCCCUUGCGCAGCAAGGGUGAUGUUACUGCGGUGUUGAUUGACUGGAUCCGCGCAGCUUGUCUCCAGCUCAGGAGGAGCUUCGGCACGGACUUUCCUGUUCUGCGCCUGCACUCUGACAGAGGCGGAGAGUUCUCCUCUGGCCUUCUGCGAGCCUACUGUCGUGCACGAGGCAUCCGCCAGACCUUCACUCUUUCGGACUCUCCACAGCAAAAUGGGAUUCCUGAGCGCCGCAUUGGCAUGGUCAUGGAUGUCGCUCGUACGUCCAUGAUGCAUGCGGCUGCCCCCCAUUUUCUGUGGCCGUUUGCGGUUCGGUACGCGGCGCAUCAGAUCAACCUUCACCCCAGGGUCUCCAUGCCGGAGACCUCCCCAGCUUUGCUGUGGACGGGGAAGGUUGGCGAUGCGUCUGCGUUCUGUGUCUGGGGAUCUCGGGCGUUUGUUCGCGACAUGUCUGCGGACAAGCUGUCCCCUCGUGCUGCUCCUUGCGUCUUCCUUGGCUUCCCCCCUGACGCGCCAGGAUGGCAGUUCUACCACCCCACCUCUCGCCGUGUUCUGUCCUCCCAGGACGUCACGUUUGAGAAGUCGGUCCCCUACUACCGCCUCUUCCCCUACCGCACUCCGUCCCUCCCCCCGCCACCGCUCUUCCUUGUACCAGGUCCCCCCCCGAUAGACCCCCUCCCCCCUAAGGGUCCUGCCCCUUCAGGUGUGUCCCAAGUACAUGCAGUCAAGCCUGUCGAGGUUACUGGUGACUCUGGUGCUACCGAGGGUGCUGAGCCUGGGGGUGCUGACUCUGGGGGUGCUGAGCGUGUGGGUGCUGCGCCUGGGGGUGCUGAGCCUGGGGGUGCUGCGAUUGGGGGUGCUGAGCCUGGGGGUGCUGAGCCUGGGGGUGCUGAGCCUGGGGGUGCUGCGACUGGGGGUGCUGAGCCUAGGGGUGCUGAGCCUGGGGGUGCUACGCCAGGGGGUCCUGAGCGUGGGGGUGCUACGCCUGGAGGUGCUGAGUCUGGAGGUACGGAGCUUGAGGGAGUUGGGCCUACUCGUGUGGCGUCUGGCGGUGCUGGGCCUGGAGGUUCUCCGGGUGCUUCGUCUCGACAGGAGCCCCUCUCUCCACAGGAGCUGCGUGAGUGGUUUGCCCGGCGCUGGAGGCGUGCUGCUGGAGCUGGAGGUUCUCCGGCUGCUGAGGGUGCUGGUGCCGCGGGUCCCGGAGGUGCUCGUGCUGGGAGUACUGGAGCUCCUUGGCCUGCGGGUACGAGUGGAGCUGGAGCUACUGAGGGUGUUGACGCUGAGACUACUGCUGUCGGUCCUGGAGGCGGUCCUGCUGGGGGUACUACUGGUGCUGCUGGAGGUACUGGAGCUGGAGGUGCUCCUGGCGCUGGUGCUGCCGCUGGGGGUGCUGGUGUUGUCCCUGCUGUGUCUGAAGUCGCCGCGCGGCCUCGGCCGUACUUCGUUGCGCUCCUUCAGCAGGUUCUUGGUCUUACUGAGCGUCGUGAGCCUGCGUCUCGCCCUGCGUCGCCUGUCCGUGCUGCUCGCACUAGUGGUCGUGGUUUGCGUCAGCGCCCUCCUCCUGUCCCUGGCACGCACCGGAUGUCUCUGCGUCCAUCCACUGCUCCUCUGCGUUCCCCUUUGCCUUCUCCUCCUGAGUCCUCUCUUCCUACUCUUGCCGACCCGAACUCGGACUCUCUUCGUGCAGCCAGUCCUACGGUCACGCGUCUCCUUGCUACUGUCCUCAGUGACCCUUCCUUUGAGUCCACUGCUGCGUUUGCCCUAGUUGCUGAGCUCGUCGACUUUGCUGCUCUCUGUCGUCUAGACUACGCUGCUAGUCUUGUCGCUGAGUCUGAGUCUGUCUGUCCUCCGUCCAUCGGGGGUGAGUGUGCCCUUGGCACGGACGUCCUUGAGGACAGGCAGGAGGAGUUCUAG